CUCUGUCAGUUACGGGAUAAUCUGCCGCUCCUGCUGCCCGCCUCAGCAGCAGCCGCCGGCCACACUGUGCUGCUAUGAGUGUCACCAAGUCCAGGAGGAGUAGCAGCAGAAGCAGCAGCAGCAGAGGGUGGAGAGGCACCACAUCCUGGUAGCAUGAGGGUGCCCCCACCUCCACCCCCUGUCUGCCGGGGCUCCUCCAGACGCACGUAGUGAGCGGGCGCGGGCGGGACAUGAGCGCACGUGGGCGUCCCUCAGGCCUGUCGUCGCUGUGCUCCCAGAGUUCCGUGGGCAACAUGGGCUGCGGAAUGGGCGGGCCAGUGGGCAGCCUCAUGGUGGGCUCGACCUGCAGCUCUAGCAGCGCAUCGCGGGCUGGGUCAGCAGGCUCUCUCGUGGGCGUAGGUGUGCCUUCUCUCGAGGGCGAGGUGGGCUGUCCGGACUGCGCCGCGCUCUACCCCAUCACGGACGAUGCGCUGCUCCACAACCUCCACGCAAGAUACAAGCGCGACCAGAUCUACACAUACGUGGGGACAGGGCUGGUGUCGGUCAACCCUUACCGCCGCCUGGCCCUCUACACGCCCGAGGUUAUCCAUGCUUACCGCUCCAGCUGCGUCUUCCAGUUGCCGCCACACAUAUACGCGGUGGCGGACGCGGCGCACCGCGGCGUGUGGGAGAAGAACCAGGACCAGGUCGUGGUGGUGACGGGGGAGAGCGGCUCGGGCAAGACGGAGGCGGCCAAGCUGGUCCUCCAGUACGUGGCCGCGGUCACCCCCGCCACGUCGCAGCCGGCCAACCAGCGGCUCCUGCAGUCCAACCCCAUUCUCGAGGCCUUCGGUAACGCGCGCACUAGACGAAACGACAAUUCUUCUAGAUUUGGAAAGUACAUGGAGAUCGAGUUUGACCAUAAUGGCGGGCCCAUAGGUGGCAGCAUAACACAUUAUUUAUUAGAAAAAUCCCGGGUGACGACGCAGGCCCCCGGGGAACGCAACUUCCACAUCUUCCACCAGCUGCUGGCGGGCGCUGACAUCCAAACCCUCAAGUCUUUGAAGCUGCAGAGGAACCUGGACAACUACAACCUGCUGCGCGCCCCCAGGCAUUUCCCGACGGACGCGCUGGACGACCGCACAGAGUUCAACAUCACCAAGCGUGCCCUAGAAACCCUUGGCCUCGCCUACGAGGAGCAAUUGGAGGUUUUCAAGCUCGUCGCAGUCGUGCUCAAAGUCGGCAACCUGACCUUCACGUCCGUCAACAACAUCGACGGGACGGAGGGCUGCGCCAACGAGAAUGAGUACGAGCUGCAUGAGGUGUGCGAGCUGCUCUCGUGCGAGGUGCCGGCGAUGGCGGCGGCGCUGCAGACGCGCACGGUGGAGGCGCGCGGCGACACCGUGAUGGCCGAGCUGACCGCCGUGGAAGCCACGCGCGCCCGCGACGCGCUUUGCCGCGCGCUCUACAACCGUCUCUUCACCUGGGUCGUCGGCAGAGCUAACGAGGCGAUCAAGGUGAGGACGCUUGGCCGCAGGAAGGUGCUUGGACUGCUCGAUAUCUCCGGCUUCGAAAUCCAGGAGACAAACAGCUUUGAGCAGCUGGUCAUCAAUUUUUGCAAUGAGAAACUUCAUCAGAUCGUCACAGAGAUCACGCUGAAGGAGGUGCAAGAGGACUACCUGCGGGAGGGCAUCGACUGGACGCCCCUCGACAUUCCAACCAACAACGCCGUCGUGGACCUUAUUGAGCAGCGACAGACCGGCGUACUAGCUGUGAUAGAAGACGUGUGCGCCAGGGUGGGCGGAAGCACCGACGCGCUGCUGCAGCAGCUGUCCUUCUCGUGCGGAGGCCACUCGCUCUUCGACAUCAAGGGAGGCCGCCACUCGCACUCCGACAACAACAUUCCGCACGACUCGUUUAGAAUCCGACAUUAUGCAGGUUCUGUCACCUACAAUGUCCAUGGCUUCAUCGAGAAGAACUGCGACGGCCUCCACCGCGACCUCACGCGGGCCAUGUUUUGCUGCAGCCACAGGAUCAUCAAGGAACUCUUUCCAGAGGGCAACCCGCGCCGGACCACCCUGAAGCGGCCUGCCACCGUGGGCACGCAGGUCCUCAUCUCGGUCUCGUCUCUGAUGCGGACCCUGCGUUCCAAGACGCCGCACCUCGUAGCCUGCAUCAAGCCCAACGAACUGAAGCAGCCGAGGAUCCUGGAGAGCGCCCUCGUCCUGCAUCAGAUCAAAUACCUCGGACUGGUGGAGCAGGCGCGAGUGAGGUGCGAGGGAUGGGCGUACCGCGCAACACACGAGGCCUUCCUGGCGAGGUACGGCAUGCUGUCCCUACACACGUGGCCGUGCUGGAGGGGACAGCCCCUCGAAGGGUGCGCUCUGCUCCUGGCCGACCUGCCUCUCACGCCCGCACAGUACACCUUCGGGAGGAACAAAGUCUUCAUCAAGAGCCAAAGAGCUGUAAGUAUUCCUAUUAUGAACACCGACGGCCACGUUCCUUUAACCAAUUAUCGUUUCAUGUGCACAUUUAAUCGCGGCUGCGGCGGCGGGACGCAGGCGGGACGCAUGGCGGUAAGUAGAGUUUCGCUGUACCCGGGCUCCCGCUCAGCUCCUGCGGUGUCGCUGCUUUCCCCCGCCUGGCCAGCCGCUCGCUGCGGCGCCCAUAGCAGGCGGCCAUCGUGCAGUUCAGUUCGGCUGAGCGUUGUGGCCAUGACAAGCUGCGGCCGAGCUCCUCGCAUGGCCCAGCCUCUCCAGCUGCUUAGAGCUGUCUCCAACGAUGGCCACGACGCCUCAGGAGCCGACCCUCUGGCUGCUGUAGAACCGCACUGGAGCAAUAGUUUAUUGCAAAAGGCUGGUGUAAUCAUGAGCAAUAAGCUGUCCAAGGACGACCCCGAGGCGGCCCGCCUGCAUCGCCUCUCCGUCAAGGGAUGGAAGUUCUUCAUGCUGGCGCGGGAGGAGUACCGGGAGCUGAAGCACAAGCGGAAGGUGGAGUGGGCGGCCGUGGUGAUUCAGGUCGCCUACAUCAACUUCCAGCGGCGGAAGUUCCUGCUGAAGGUGCUGAUGGAUCAGCCGAGCGACUCCCCCGCCGACGGGUCUUGGCCCCCGGCGCCCCGCUCCCUGCAGGACCUCAGCCUGCUCCUUCGUCGCCUUCACCACAAAUGGCGGUGCCACCGGUAUCGCCUCCAGUUCGACCAGACGGCGCGGAACAGGAUGAGAGAGAAAGUCACGGCUUCCAUUAUUUUCAAAGACAGGAAAGCUUCGUAUUCCAAAAGCGUGUCGCAUCCCUUCCUCGGGGACUACGUGCGCAUCCGCCAGAACGCUCAGUGGAAGAAGCUCGCUUCGGAGACCAACGACCAGUACGUGGUGUUCGCCGACAUUGUUAACAAGAUCACGCGCUCAGCCGGCAAGUUCGUGCCGAUCCUGCUGGUGGUUUCCACGAACUCCCUGCUGGUGCUGGACCAGAGGACACUGCAAGUCAAGUACCGGAUCCCCGCUCACGACAUUCAGCGGAUCUCCCUCUCGCCCUUCCUUGACGACAUCGCUGUCCUUCACGUGAAGCCCCCGACGCCGACAGCCGACCUCUCGGGCUCGCAGAACCUCAACCCCGGCUGCCUGUUCGGGUCGGACGAAGUCAAGCGGAAGGGAGACCUGGUGCUUCAAACUGGUCACGUGAUCGAGGUGGUGACCAAGCUCUUCCUGGUGGUGCAGAACGCCACGGGGAAGCCGCCCGACGUCUGCAUCUCGACAGAGUUCGACGUGAACUUCGGCCAGAGUUCCGUGCUGUUCACCUUCAAGACCGCCGGCCUGGCCGAGGUGACUCCCGGCCAGAUCAGGAUCAUCCGCCGACACAACCGCAUGGAAGUCAUCCUGUAACUCCGCGGCUCCGCUUGUGCGAGACUCGAGUCCAGCACUCGAGGACUCGGCGGGGCGUCCAGGCCCAAGGGCGACGCCCUGUGUGUCCCGCAUCAGCUUUUGCGACAGUGAGUGUGUGAUGAGGAAGCAAUAAGAUGUGAUGGGUGCAGUGACACAGUAAUGACUGUGAAAUACUUUAAAAACGGGUUUUUAUUCUUUGUACAGUAACCAACUAGGAAGAAGAAAAAUAUUGCAAUCAUUUUUUACCUGCGCAUGUGAAGUGAUCUUAUCCGUUCUACAAGGAACAACAGAGACGCGCCGCGCACAGGCGCGUGCAGCUGGUGGCUCAUGUACAGACGGCCGUACAUGGACAGGUAGUGGUCUCUUAUUCUGGUUACGUAGUCGUCUAAUAGUUACGAAAAGGUGUGCUGGCAGAGGAAGCACUGGGGCGCUGCGUCCAGCCCAAGCUCGGGGUCCGGGCUGCGUCGGCGAGCACCGGCGGGCGUGCGCCAGAGGCCAACGGCAUAGCAGCUUUUAAUGCCAACAGAGUAACGCGUUCUUGUCACCGACACAUCCAACAAUCGAAACGUGAAAGUUGUCCCUGAAGCCUGACAGUGUGUGUAUUACUUUUCGCCUUUUCUGUGCGGCGUGAAGACCCAAUCUUGCCGCGGUCAGUUUCGGACAUAUGAUCAGUUGUCCCGUUUGUGAGCAGUCGCUGCGUCGGCGCGACGCCGUUUGCCUGAUGAGCCUCAUUAUCUUUAUUGGUGCCAUUGUUGUUGUUACUGCUGUUUUUGUUGUUAUUGCCACUCCUAGUAUUGUCAUUCUUGUUGAU